AUGAUACCUGAAAAUGAAUUCCACCACAAAGACCCACCUGCCAGGAAUGCUGUAGCUGCAACAGUACAAAAUGGGCCAGGUGGUGCUGGGAUGCCAACAUCUCUCACAAUAAAUACAGUUAGACUGGAAGAAGGCACUACUGAGGAGACUGAUAAAAUGAAGGAGAAAUCUCAGGGUGUGGUGAAAGUUAUUAAUAAAGCUGUCAAUGCUACACCGAAGGUGACCACAAGCAAUGGAAACAGUGCUUCUAAUAGCAAAAUUAUUAAAGAGAAAGAUGAUAAAGAAAAAAGUGGGAAGGAAAAAGAUAAAGAAAAAAAAGAAAAGACUCCAGCUGCCGCUCCAGAGAUGAAGGCACUUGGGAAGGAUGGGAAAGACAAACCAAAGGAAGAACGGGUGAACAAAGAUGAUAAAGCAAGAGAGAUCAAGGAGAAAACGCCAAAAUCUGACAAGGAGAAGGAAAAAGUCAAGAAAGAAGAAAAAGCUUCAAAAGAAGAAAAAUCCAAGACUAUUGUUACCAUCGUUGAGUCAAAGUCAACUGCAGAAAAGGAGAGAGAAAAGGAGCCGUCCAGAGAAAGAGAUAUAGCGAAGGAAAUGAAAUCCAAGGAAAAUGCUAAAGGAGGAGAAAAGGUGCCAGUAGCUGGGUCCUUGAAGUCACCUGUUCCCCGAUCAGAAACAUCAGAAUCUGAGAGGGAACAAAAACGCCGCAAAGUUGAUACACAUUCUUCUCCAUCACAUUCCUCAACAGUAAAGGACAACCUCAACGAACUCAAGGACUCUUCAGCAAAGCACUACAUUAACCACACUACUCCAACACUGUCCAAGAGUAAGGAGAGAGAAGUGGACAAGAAAGAUUUGGACAAGUCAAGGGAAAGAUCCAGAGAGAGAGAGAAGAAAGAUGAAAAGGACAGGAAAGAUCGAAAAAGGGAUCACUCGAACAGCGACCGAGAGGUACCACAGGAUUCAACUAAGCGACGCAAAGAGGAAAACGGGACAACUGGUUCUUCGAAACAUAGCAAAAGUGAAAGUCCUUCUGAUUCCCCUCGCUUAAACGAAAAGGAGAAGGAGAAGAACAAAUCAAAAUCUUCAGGAAAAGAGAAAGGCGAUUCUAUUAAAGCAGAAAAGAUGGAGAAGAGCUCCUCUGGUAGCAAAAAGGAAUCGAGACAUGAUAAGGAAAAAACAGAGAAGAAAGAAAAACGAGACAGUACUGGAGGGAAAGAAGAAAAGAAACAUCAUAAAUCUUCAGACAAGCACAGAUAAUUAACAUAAUUCCAGUCAAGGUGAGAUCAAAAUGGAAAGAUACCCAGCUGUGACCAGAAAUGUAUUUUCCAGAGUAUAGAUUGCACAAAAAUUUGUGAAUAAAGAGGACCCAUCUGCAUCUCCUUAAAUUAUUCAGUUCUCUGUUUUAUUUCCCCAUGCUGAGGAUUUAAUUGUUGAGUUGUACAUUACUGUAUUUUAACUUGUUGCUUAGUUUCUUACACAUUUAUUUUCAGUACCUGGCUGAAAGUGUUACCUAUUCCAUAUUUUAGCACAAUGUGCUGCAAACAAACAGUUGCCAUAGUGCAAAUGAGGUUUCAUGUGUACAGAGUUCCACUUUAGGUUGUCGAAAAUACUGCCUGAGUUUAGUAAUUCUUUAAAUCUGAAAUGCAUUCUUUUAGAUGUUUGAAAACCACGAAUAAACAGUUAUUGAACCUUUUUGGAUUUACCUCAUUUAAACUCAGUUUUUAUUUAUUACUUGGCCUGUUUUUAAUAUCGGUGACUAAAAAAAGAAGUCAAGUGGGAGCACUGUUUUCAUGCAAUGCUUAGGGAUUAUUUGUAUAUUGUGUACAACGUUGACUUGUUUAAAGAAACAAAGAAUGAACCUUGUCCCUUCCAUCCCAACCUGAACCUGUGCUCAGUUGUCCCUUGCCACACCUUUUGUUUGUCAUGUUGUUUUUAGAUUGAUUGGAAAUGCUCUCUUCAAAACUGAAAUAAAUUUAAGUUUCAAUUACAGCUACAGGAGCUUUGUAUUGCUGAACUUUAGUCUGAAAAGUUUCACAAUGACAUUUUUAAAAAAAAAAAAAAAAGAAUUUUUUUAUCUGCUGAAUUCUACCAGUGUAACCUUUUUUCUAAAUAAACAAUAGUUUUCUCAAUGGGUCGUAAA